AAAAAAUUAAGAAAAAGUAGAUUAUCCCAUUUUAUUCUUGCUUAGUUUGGAUUUUGCGACACUGACCUUCUGCUACAUGACGUCACACUAAUAGAGCGUAUUCCAAAUUUUUACAAAUCUGUCAAAUUUUAUAUUUAUAAAACUCGAAUAGAAUUUUUGGUGACUCCUACUAAUUAAAAUAAAAAUAAAAUUAAUAAACAAAAGUACUGCUGGAUAUGGUUAAGUUCUACCCAAAGAGAGAGUUAAUUCUUUGGCAACCCGCGAAAUGAAUUAGUAUAGGAAUGAUGUUUGUUGUGUUUUUUUGUGCUAUAGCACUAUUCAACAAUAUUCCCGCCGAAUUCUUCAUAUCUUAUUUUUAAUGUAAUAAGUGCUAAUACUUACUUAUAAUAGUGUAAUAUAUAAAGUUAUUUGGACAAUGCUUCUAUAUAAGUGGUUUUCUGUUUUUGUACUAUUAGAUAUCAUGCAUAACAGUUCUACUCUAUUUUUCAUAUUUUUAUGGUGAGGUCUAUAUCAAGAGUUUCAAGGAAUUAUUAAGGAAACCGCAUUAAUGCAAGGGAGGAGAUGUCUGAGCAAACUGAAGAAUUACGGAAUAUGCUCUUCAGUUUUCGAGUGUCAGAAUUACAAAUGUUAUUGGGCUAUGCUGGUAGAAAUAAGACAGGACGUAAAACCGAACUUCAACAAAGAGCUGUAGAAUUACUCAGAGUUAGAACACAUCCGAUCCAUCAAAAAAUCAGAGAAUUAUAUAAAACCAUACAAUCCAACUUUUCCAGGCAAGCCAGUACACUGACAUCAGGUCCUCAGACAAAUUCUGCAACUCCAGAUCAACAAACUCAAGUUACAACAAUGUCACAGCAACCUGGGAACAUAACAAGAAAUACAGCUCAAGUUCACCCAUUUAGUGUAGAUUCAAGGACAAUGACUACUAGACAGGCAGCCACUACUGCCAUGUACAGCACACCUAGUAUGGCUCAAAAUAUGUAUUAUCCUCAAUAUACAAAUCCAAAACAACCUGUUAUGUCCAGUAAUUUUCCAGUUCAUCCAGAUGUUAGAUUUCGUAGAUUACCUUUUUAUGACAUAAUAGCUGAUCUCAUAAAGCCCUCCACUUUGGUGCCUCAAACAAGUCAGCGCAUGCAGGAGCAACUAUUUUAUUUUCAUUUAACUCCACAACAGGCCACAGAUAUAGCCAUCUCGAGAGAUAUUAGGCCAGGAGUUAAAUGUGAUUAUAUUAAACAAGUUCAGUUAAGAUUUUGUUUAUUGGAAACAACUUGUGAACAAGAGGACUGUUUUCCACCUCAAGUUAUGGUUAAAGUUAAUAACAAGUUAUGUCCUCUUCCGAAUCCUAUUCCAACAAACAAGCCAGGUGUAGAGCCAAAGAGACCACCCAGACCAGUUAACAUAACUCAAAUGGUCAAAUUAAGUCCAACUGUGGCCAAUCAAAUAUCAGUAUCUUGGGCAGCUGACUAUGGUCGUGGCUAUGCUAUGGCAGUGGCGCUUGUACACAAACUGAGUUCUACUGAUUUGCUUCAGAGGUUACAGAAAAAAGGUGCAAAACAUUCUGAUCAUACAAGAGCACUCAUAAAAGAAAAAUUAAGCGACGAUGGAGAUUGCGAAAUUGCGACAACUAGUUUAAGAGUUUCAUUAAUGUGUCCUUUGGGCAAAAUGCGAAUGUCUACUCCUUGCAGGCCACAAACUUGUGGACAUUUGCAGUGUUUUGAUGCAUCUUUGUUCCUCCAAAUGAACGAACGUAAACCAACUUGGAACUGUCCUGUCUGUGAUAAACCUGCAGUGUAUGACAACUUGGUCAUUGAUGGGUAUUUUCAAGAAGUUCUAAAUUCUGUAUUGCUGCCAUCGGAGUGCAAUGAAAUACAGCUUCUAAAGGAUGGAAGUUGGAGCAGCCAGAACAGUGACAAGAAGGUUGUCAAGAGCGAAAAGUCAGUACCAACUAGUAUAGCUAUUGACGAUUCCAUCGAGAUAAUAGAUGAUAAUGUUGAAAUCGUGAGCUCAAACGUCACUCCGCCAUCCUCCUCAACUGACAAACCUAAAGAGCCAGAAAAGAAGAAGGAAGUUGUAGACCUGACGGUGUCAGACUCUGAUGACGACGAGCCACUAGCCAAGCGAAGGCCUCCGCCAAAGCCAGAUUCUACCAUCAAAUUUAAUGGACUGGAGACAGCCAAAUCCCUGGUCCAAAGAAAGAUAGAUGACUUUUUCUCGUUGGAUUUUAAUCGCAGCGUUGACUGCUGACGAACGAAGGGGUAACUGAUAAGGAUGGGCGAUAAUGGAUUUUACCUAUCGAUAAGUUAUCGCUAUUCACCUGUCGAUAUGUCGAUAAUUAUCAAUAUAUCGAUAAUCAGGGGUAAGUUGAUAUAUCGAUAACUGUCGAUAUAUCUGUAGGUAUCGAUAACUAGUUAUCAAUAUAUCGGGGAGAAAUCUGUCCCUAAUCGUAAGUAUUUAGUACAAAAAGUGUUGGUUUUAGUGUGGGUUUACAUGCAUCCGUAAUGCUUCGUCCGUUGCUGGUUUUAUGUAAUUUUGUUGGUUUAUUUAAAAAAUGACAGCUCACACUUAGGGUAUCUACAUAGUGAGGCAUCUCGAUUCGAUGCUCGCCGCGAUGCAUCGUACGCGCACUUACUCGCCGUUUUAAAACAGUGCUUAAAACGUGCGCGUAGGAUGCAUCGCGGGAGCAUCGCUUCGUGAUGGCCCACUAUGUUUGUACCCUGAAAUAUGACUGGAGUAACGAAUCGACAGACGACACAUGACAGAUGCAUAUAAACCCAUCCUUAUGAAAUUUUAAAGAGAACUAAAAAUAUAAUAUGCAUAACUUAAUUUAGUUUUAUUUUUUUUUCUUUUUUUCUUAAACCCUUAGAUUAUAUCCAUAUAUUUUUCUUCCUUUUCUUGGGUAUGAGUUUUUUUUAUUAAAUUGAAAGAUUCGAUUUUUUUUAUGCGACGUUUCGCUUCAACAUAGUGGGCUUUUUCAGGCACUUUAUUCUUGAAGCCCACCAGUCUGUAUAAAUGACAUUGUUAUGUAAAUUACAUAAUUGACAUUUAUCCAGACUGGUGCUAGCAAGACAGCUUCAAGAAUAAAGUGCCUGGAAAAGCCCACUAUGUUGGAGCGAAGCGUCGCAUAAAAAAAUUUCCAUCUUUCAAUUUAAUAAAAAAAACCUCAUACCCAAGAAAUGAAAAAACAAUAUAUGGAUAUGACUUAUUUUAUAUACUAAUUUGGAAAUGUUCAUUAAGGUUUAUAAAAAGCUAAAUAAAAAUAUACCUAAAAAUAACUAUCGAUAUCAAUAUCUCGAUUCUUAUUUGUAUAUUGAUAGUUAUCAAUAAGCAAUGCUUAUGGAAAUGCUAUCGAUGUAUUGAUACUAAUAAAUUAUAAAGUAUAAUAUACAUACUAUCUAUAAUUUUCACCUAUACCUAAAAUAAUCCCAACUCUAGUAACUGUUCCACAAAUAUGGAGGGGAUUGUUGUUUGAAUUCAUCACUGUUCUAUGUGAAUUUCUAAGUUUAUUGGAAUAUUCAGAAUGAUGUGAUUGUUACUUUUCCUGAUUUGAACUAUAGAUUUAUGUCCAGUCCGAUUCACGAUGUUACAUUCAUUAUAUAAUAAUUUCAUUUUGAUGAAGCACAAUGUUAACUGUCUACAUUAGGAAUAAAACAUGACAAGAAAUAUUCUUAAUUUUUUCUUUUUAAUAUCUUUGUUUGAUCCAGUAAUGGAGUUCUCUUCGAUAUUAAGACACUAAAGUUCUCUCUCAAUAAAAAUAUUCUGACGCAUUUGUUAUUUUUUUACGUUGUUGUAUCUAUGUUUGUUUAUAUUGUCCAUCAAGAUUCAAAUAUUUAUUAUAAUAAAUUAAUUAAAUUUGAUAUUCAAUCUACACUAAUUAUUAAAUGAAUACUGUUUAAAUAUUCUAUUCAUAUUUUUUACGGGGCUACAAAGUAUUGUUCAUAAAAUUUGAUAAAGAACUUGGCUUUGGCUAGUCUAUAUUUUGUAAUGAAUUUAUUUUAUGUAAAAGUCAAGUUAUUAAAGUUGUCUGAUGUUUCUGAAGUUGAAUUAUGACCAAAGAUUCCAAUAAUUUUAUUUUUUUAUUAAAUUUUGGCUUGACACCAAGUCACUGUGUUGCAAAUUGUUUAACCACAAGUAUUUCCUUAGUUUGUAAGUUUUUUAAAAGUUCUGUUCGUGCUAUUUUAUUAUUAUGUAUGUUCAAAGCGAAAUUAUA